AUGGAUCCACACGAAUCUCCUUCUCCAGCGACGGGUCCUACUGCUGCUCCUCGGCGUCGGUCCUCAAUAGCAUAUGACCCAGCGAGAGAUACCUUCACCGAAAUUCCAGACACUAUUGUCGAAGAGGCUGUAUCAAGUUCCCCUUCUAGUAACAGGAUUCAAGCCAUGAACGAGUCUCCAGAGUCGCGAAAACGACAGAGAUCAGCCACGCCAACCCAUGGCAGCACAAAUCAGACACAAGACUCGGAACCUCCCCAGAAAAGACGGAAAUCGGCCGAAAAAGAUAAUUAUCAAAAUGGCAAUUCUACUCUACAACGAGACGAGCAGUCGACAGCUCGUGCAUCAAGAAUUCCGAAGAUACCAAAGGUAGCGCGUGAAGAAGGAGAAGUGGGAAGCAGACCGCCACGACCACCUGCAGCCUUCAGCAACCGCAGGCCAGACGUCAAUCGAGAGACAAGGACACGACCCGACGACGAACGACCACGCGACUACGACCGUGUAAGAGAUCGUCCAAAACGAAGGUCAAGGUCACCCACAGCACGAGUGCCAUCCGCCUAUCGAAGAAGAUCUCCACCACGAGCUGCACAUAAGCGUGACCCAAGCAGAUCUCCCUCACCCAUUCGCGACUCUCCUCCGCCCAGUACAUUACUUCCCAGACCAGGUGGUGGUCGUGGCAGAGGCAGGAAUGUGUUAGCAGAACAGCAAGCAUUAAGAGCUCGGAGAGAACAGGAACGAGGUGUCACCGUUAAUCGCGGUGUACAAGGUGUCGUCAACCAGUUCUACAAUGCUGUCCCUGAAUAUGUAAAGGAGAAGGGUAGAGACUGGCGCAGGAACGAGUCACAGAUCAAAGGUCUAAGAAGCUUUAACAAUUGGGUCAAGAGCUGUAUAAUACAGAAGUUCAGUCCACAGGAUAAGAAGGUUGAGCAGGAAGAAGAGCUUGGUUGGGGCGAGACUGCAAAAGAGCCAGAAGAGAUCAAGCCUCUGUUGGUACUAGAUGUGGGUUGCGGGAAGGGAGGUGAUCUACAGAAGUGGGACAAAGCACCUCAGCCCGUCGGGCUAUAUGUUGGCCUCGAUCCUGCUGAUAUCUCUGUUGACCAGGCAAAAGAACGAUAUCAUUCUAUGUGGAGAGGUCGUCGCCCUCGCUUCGAUGCACGAUUCGGAACGAAAGACUGCUUCGGAGAAUGGAUCGGCGACGUGCCAAUUGUCAAAGAAGUUGGUAUCGAUCCUACUCCAAACACCAUGAAUCGAUGGGGUAAAGGUGGCGGCUUCGACAUCGUCACAAUGAUGUUCACCAUGCACUAUUCUUUCGAGAGCCAAGAGAAGGUCGAAAUGAUGCUCAGGAAUGUCUCGGGAGCCCUCAAGAAAGGAGGUCGGUUGAUAGGUGUCUGCCCGAACAGCGAUGUCAUCUCGGAACGAGUUAAGGACUGGUUUACCAAGAACCCCGGUACGUAUAGACCAGAAAACGCUACCAGUAAUGGAUCAACAACGCCUCCAAAUGGCGAAGCUCAUCCAAACGUCGCGUCUACAAACGGCAGUGAGCCGUCAGCACCAUCCUGGGGCAAUUCUAUCUACUCUGUCAAAUUUCCGCCGCCAACAGCAGACUUGCCCUCGCUGAAUCCCGACGGCUCUUUUCGUCCACCUUUUGCUCACAAGUACACCUACUUCAUCGCAGAGGCGGUCGACGUGCCGGAAUUUGUGGUGCCCUGGGAGGCUUUUCGAGCGAUCGCCGAGAACUAUGGUCUGGAGCAACGAUACCGCAAAGGCUUUCUAGACAUCUGGAACUGCGAGACAGAUCCCGAACGAGCUACAAACACUGGUGCGGCUGCAGCUGGAGCGAGCAGUGGUGGAUGGGGUCAAGAACCUAGUGUUGAGGGCAAAGACUCAACUGCUGCUGUAGCAAGAGAGCUAGAAGAUCUCGGUAUCAGAAUGGGAGUUAUUAGACAUCCUGGAGGCCCACUUCAGAUGUCCGACGAGGAGAAAGAGGCUGUUUCCUUUUACCACGGCUUCUGCUUCGUUAAGACCUAG